CGUCGAUCUGUGGACGCGAGGAAAAAAGCCGUGGUUACUUUCGCCGGAGUUUGAAACAGUGAAAAAAACGGAUCGAUGAGUGAAGAAGAGCCUUCAAGGAGUGGUGAAGAAGGAUGUAGCAUUUCAGUGUUUGAUUACUCUGUUGAGAAUCAUUUGAAGGCAGUGGACUUGAUCACUGAUCUCUGCGGUGAAGGUCGUACUGAUAUUGACAAGACUGAUAUCAAGAGACUGUCAUCUUCAGUUACAUUCUUGAGGGAAUGGAGGCAUUUAAGUUAUGAACCAAAACGUUUUGGGUUCUAUGAUGAUGAGGCUGCAAAAAGCUGUGAACCGAAGGACGUCAAGAGUCAGACUUUGCCUCACUUUUCUUCAGCACGAGCUCCUAAGGUUAAGAUAGAUGACGAUGAAUCAUCAUCACUUGGCGAACCUAGCAAAGAUUUUAUCAUGCAUGUUGGAGGAUCUGUUUGGGCAUUAGAGUGGUGUCCCAGAGUUCAUGAAAACCCAGAUGCUCGGGCAAAAUGUGAGUUUCUAGCUGUAGCCACUCAUCCGCCUGAUUCGUACAGUCACAAGAUAGGCGUUCGACUUUCAGGUAGAGGCAUUAUUCAGAUAUGGUGCAUUACUAAUGCCACAUGCGAGAACGAUAGCACCUAUAUAUCAGGGAAGAAACAGAAGUUGUCUGGAAAGUCUCAGAAGAAACCAUCCGAUGAAAGUAAUAAUAACAAUACAGAGCCUAAAAAGCCGAGAGGCAGGCCCAGAAAGCAUCCAAUAGAGACAGCAACAGAGCCUAAGAAGCCAAAAGGAAGACCUAGAAAGAAGACUACUGCUGAGCCUCCUAUUGAGCUUGAUGGUGACGUUCUAUACGUUGAAGCUUUGUCUGUUCGAUAUCCAGAAGAAGCAGUUGUUCCCGCAACUCCUCCUCGGGUUCUACGAGAAGCUUCAGUAACAAAAGCUAAAACCAACAAUGAAAACUCAGGAAAAGGGUUGCCUUCAGAAAGCGCAAAUAUCAAACUUCCCGUACGGAGAAAGAGACAAAAACACCAACGAGCUGAAGAAACUUGCGAACCCGUGGUGUCAGAAGAUAGUGAAGCUGUUGGAAACGUUCCAGGGGGAACAUCCUCGGAUAUCUCUGAAGACAUUGCUCUUCCAAGGGUUGUCUUAUGCCUGGCACACAAUGGAAAAGUUGCCUGGGAUAUGAAAUGGCGUCCCCCAUAUGCAGAUGAUUCUGUUAAUAAGCAUAGAAUGGGAUAUUUAGCUGUCUUGCUGGGGAAUGGAUCUCUGGAAGUGUGGGAUGUUCCAAUGCCUCAGGCAGUAUCGGCUGUAUAUUUAUCUUCAAAGAAAGAUGCGACUGAUCUUCGUUUUGUGAAACUGGCUCCCGUUUUCAAAUGUUCAAACUUGAAGUGUGGUGAUACACAGAGCAUCCCUUUAACAGUUGAAUGGUCGACUUUGAGGAACCCUGAUUUCUUACUCGCUGGUUGCCACGAUGGCACGGUUGCUCUCUGGAAAUUUUCUACAACCAAAUCUUCACAAGAUACAAGACCUUUACUUUUCUUCAGCGCAGAUACAACUCCUAUUAGGGCAGUUGCAUGGGCUCCUAGUGAAAGUGAUCAGGAAAGUUCAAACGUAGUAGCUACUGCUGGACAUGGAGGUCUAAAAUUUUGGGACUUACGUGAUCCAUUCCGUCCUUUAUGGGAUCUGCACCCUGUACCAAGAUUUAUUUACAGCCUCGAUUGGUUACAAGACCCAAAAUGUGUGUUAUUGUCCUUUGACGAUGGCACAAUGAGGAUCCUAAGCUUGGUUAAGAUUGCGUAUGAUGUUCCAUCAACCGGAAGGCCUUAUCCUAACACAAAACAGCAAGGGUUGAGCGUUUAUAACUGUUCGUCUUUUCCCAUCUGGAGUAUUCAAGUAUCCCGGCUCACAGGCAUGGCAGCUUAUUGCACUGCAGAUGGGUCCGUUUUCCAUUUCCAGCUUACGACCAAAGCAGUGGAAAAAGACUCGAGAAACCGAACUCCUCACUUCCUCUGUGGACGAUUGACGAUGAACGAUUCCACCUUUACAGUGCACAGUCCAGUGCCUAACGUACCGAUCUUCUUGAAGAAACCAGUUAGUGAGAAUGGUGAAAAACAGAGAUGUCUUCGGAGUCUCUUGAACGAAUCUCCUAACAGAUACACAUCUCCUGUUUCAGACGCUCAGCCUUUAGCUUUUGCACAAGAUGAGGAUCCGAGCUUAGAGUCUGAAACGGAGGGAACUAGCAACAAAGGGUCAAAAUCAAAGGCUAAGAAAGGGAAGAAGAACACAAUAGAGGAGGAGGAGGAUAACAGAGGAGCACUGGUCUGUGUUAAAGAAGAUGGUGAUAACGAAGAAGGAAGAAGAAAAGAAGCAAGCACCAGUAGCAGCUCUGUGAAAGCGGAAACGUUUCCACCUAAAUUGGUGGCCAUGCAUAGAGUGCGGUGGAACAUGAACCAAGGAAGUGAGAGAUGGUUGUGUUAUGGUGGAGCGGCUGGGAUCGUUCGGUGUCAAGAGAUUGCUUCAUCUGGUUUGGUCGGUAAACAAAACUGGAGGCAUCAGAGAUAAAUAUGUAGUCCCACUAAUAAGCAAACAAAUAACCCUAAAUCUUACAAUGGUUUAACAUUUGCUCUCGCCUUGUAAAACAAGAUAACUCACUGAAAACAACACUAAUCUUGGAUGCGUAUAAUAAUAAUUAA